CUCCUCCCUCCUCCUCUUAUAGCAACAAUGACUCGUCUUUACGCCAAGGGCCGUAUCAUGGGCCACCAGCGCGGCAAGCACGUCUCGCACCCGCGAACGUCGCUCAUCAAGAUCGACAACGUCGACUCGCCCCAGGACGCCCAGUUCUACCUUGGUAAGCGCAUUGCAUACGUCUACAAGGCUCCCACCGACCGCAAGGGCUCCAAGGUCCGCGUCAUUUGGGGUCGCGUCACCCGCGCACACGGCAACUCGGGCGUCGUUCGCUCCAAGUUCCGUACCAACAUCCCCCCCAAGGCUUUCGGUGCCAGCGUUCGCGUGAUGCUGUACCCCAGCAACAUCUAAGCGCUCGUCGACAAACGACCGCCUAGACUCCUCGCUCGCUCCCAGCCUCCUCUUCUCUUUGUACACUCAUACGACGCAGCAUCAUCUUCUCACCUCACCAACUGGCAGAACCAAUCCGUCCACGAGAGGGUGGAGUUCUCAGUUUGGUAGGCGAUCUACUACUUUGCCCCUCUCUGCAGGGUGCACCCAAUGACA